AUGAUGCUGCAGCAGCAGCAUAAAAAGGGCGAGGGAGGAAUGAUUGUGGCAGAAGAAGGAGAAGGAACACCCGACAACAACAACCACGAGACCGACGAACGAGACCCAGAAGACGAUGAGCCCCCGCAACAGACGCACACACUGGCCACCAAAAGCAACCCACGCACGGAUGGCUGGAAGUCCGUCACAGUGGCGCCCGACAUGAAAGAAAAGUCGUCGGUGGCGGAGGACGAUGACGUCAUCUGGGCCCUUGUUGCGAGCUAUACUACGCUGCUCAAAAAGAAGCGUCAGGAGACCCAGAUUCUGCAGGCGCAGAUGGGGGGGAGUGGAAAGGACACCCCUGAAGAAGAAGCCGUGGAAGCCGGCGCCAAGACCCUCCGCCUCGGGGGCGGAGCGGGGCAGGCGGCGGUGGCAUCCGCAGGCCACCAGGGCGAGCUGUUGACCAAAAAGAGGGAGGAUGAAGGCUCCCGGCCAGACAGUGAGGACCGCAAUGGAGAGGAGGCGCCCUCUGCUGAAGAGACAGAUGUUCAGCCAGUGGUGCAUACAGCCGAAAAGGUGGAAGAGAAAGGACCUGGAGAAAUGCAGGACAAGAAUGAAGAUAAGGAAGAAGUUGAAGAUGAAGAAGGUGAAGAUGAAGAGGAAGUUGAAAAAUCUCACGAAAAGGAAGAAGAAAUACUUGGAGAAAUGCAAGAAAAGAAAGAAGAAUUACUUGGAGAAAUGCAAGAAGAGAACGGAGAAGGCAAAGAGGACAAAGAAAAAGUCAAACAAGAAGAAUUAACUCAAGAAAUUGAGAUAGAAGAAAUAAUUGAAGAAUUUGGGGAAAAUGAUGAAGAAGAACAAGAAGAUGAAGAAAUUGAGGAUGAAGAAGAGGUUGGAAAAGCUCAAGAAAUUGAGAAAGAAAUACUUGGAGAAAUGCAAGAAAAGGAAGAAGAAAUACACAAAACAUCAAGAUAUUCUGGCAUGGAACAAACGGAGGCGUGGGCUUAUAAGACACAUGGGGGUAAUGGAGAACAGGUGGAAACAAUCAUGGAUCAGGGAUGUCAUCAGACUGACGACACAAAAGGAAGGGCAAGUGACCUGAAAUGA